UUUUUUGUUUUUUUUCCUGAUCAUUAUGAACAUUGGCUUUUCACCCCUGAAGUAAAAAUGUUGAAAACGGAGUCUUCAGGUGAACGAACCACUCUUAGAAGUGCCUCUCCUCACAGGAAUGCUUAUAGAACUGAGUUCCAGGCACUGAAAAGUACCUUUGACAAACCCAAGUCAGAUGGAGAGCAAAAAACAAAAGAAGGUGAGGGCUCCCAGCAGAGCAGGGGGAGGAAAUAUGGCUCCAACGUCAACAGAAUUAAAAAUCUAUUUAUGCAGAUGGGUAUGGAACCCAAUGAAAAUGCUGCAGUCAUUGCCAAAACAAGGGGGAAAGGUGGACCUUCAUCUCCACAGAGAAGAAUGAGGCCCAAAGAAUUUCUGGAAAAAACAGAUGGCUCAGUUGUUAAGUUGGAGUCCUCUGUUUCAGAACGAAUCAGUAGAUUUGACACAAUGUACGAUGGCCCUUCAUAUUCUAAGUUCACAGAAACUCGGAAGAUGUUUGAGAGAAGUGUGCAUGAGUCAGGACAGAACAAUCGCUAUUCCCCAAAGAAAGAGAAAGCUGGAGGGAGUGAGCCUCAGGAUGAGUGGGGUGGCUCGAAGUCCAACAGAGGCAGUACUGAUUCCUUGGACAGCCUUAGCUCCCGGACAGAGGCUGUCUCCCCAACUGUGAGUCAACUGAGUGCAGUGUUUGAGAAUACCGAUUCCCCCACUGCCAUUGUUCCUGAGAAGGCUGAGAACAACGAAUACUCAGUGACUGGGCAUUAUCCCCUGAAUCUACCAUCUGUUACUGUUACAAAUCUUGACACUUUUGGUCACCUUAAGGAUUCUAAUUCUUGGUCUCCUCCAAGCAAACACGGUGAUGAUGCAGAGGAUUCUCAGAAGGGUCAUACAACUCCGGGACCAGAAGUGGCUUUGAAAAGUACCUCUCUAGCCUCCAUACCCAGUGAAGAGAUACAGCAGAGCGAGGAAGCCGAGGACUCCACAUCCAACCAAGAGACUCUUGUCAGGAUUGACAGAGACGUUCCUGAAGAACCUUGUGCUGACACUAAGGCAAUGCCAGAGUCUGAAAUCCCUUCACCACAAAAUGAACCUUUAGAAGACGCCGAAGCUAAUUUAGUUGGGAGUGAGGCAGCAAUGCAUCAGAAGAAAGACCUGGCAGGUGGUGAUUUUACCUCUGUUGAUGCUUCUGGAUCCAGGUGUGGAAAGGAAGUACCUGAAGAUUCGGUUCAUUUUGAGAGUUCCCAUGUUUACAUGCACAGUGAUUAUAAUGUAUACAGGGUCAGAUCCAGGUAUAAUUCAGACUGGGGAGAGACGGGCACUGAGCAGGAUGAGCAGGAAGAGAGUGAUGAAAACAGUUACUAUCAACCUGAUAUGGAAUACUCGGAAAUUGUUGGAUUGCCAGAAGAAGACGACAUCCCAGCAAAUAGGAAAAUUAAGUUUAGUAGUGCUCCAAUUAAGGUUUUCAGCACAUACUCCAAUGAAGACUAUGACAGGAGGAACGAUGAAGUGGACCCUGUGGCUGCUUCUGCUGAGUAUGAGCUUGAAAAACGUGUAGAAAAGCUGGAACUUUUCCCAGUGGAACUAGAGAAAGAUGAGGAUGGACUUGGAAUAAGCAUUAUUGGAAUGGGUGUUGGAGCAGAUGCCGGACUUGAAAAGCUGGGAAUAUUUGUCAAGACAGUAACAGAAGGUGGUGCUGCUCAGAGGGAUGGCAGAAUACAAGUCAAUGACCAGAUUGUGGAAGUAGAUGGAAUCAGCUUGGUGGGUGUCACACAGAAUUUUGCUGCAACUGUUCUCAGAAACACCAAGGGCAAUGUCAGAUUUGUUAUUGGGCGAGAAAAGCCAGGACAAGUUAGUGAGGUUGCCCAGUUGAUAAGCCAGACGCUGGAACAAGAAAGGCGCCAGAGAGAGCUGUUGGAGCAGCACUACGCCCAGUACGACGCCGACGACGAUGAGACAGGAGAAUAUGCCACAGAUGAAGAGGAGGAUGAAGUAGGACCUGUUCUUCCUGCCGGUGACAUGGCCAUUGAAGUCUUUGAGCUGCCUGAAAAUGAGGACAUGUUUUCCCCAUCAGACCUGGACACAAGCAAGCUCAGUCACAAGUUCAAAGAGUUGCAAAUCAAACACGCAGUUACAGAAGCAGAGAUUCAAAAGUUGAAGACCAAGCUGCAAGCAGCAGAAAAUGAGAAAGUGAGGUGGGAACUAGAAAAAACCCAACUCCAGCAGAAUAUAGAAGAGAAUAAAGAGAGAAUGCUGAAGUUGGAGAGCUACUGGAUUGAGGCUCAGACCUUAUGCCACACAGUGAACGAGCACCUCAAGGAGACUCAAAGCCAGUAUCAGGCCUUGGAGAAGAAAUACAACAAGGCAAAGAAAUUGAUCAAGGAUUUUCAACAAAAAGAACUUGAUUUCAUCAAGAGACAGGAAGCAGAAAGAAAGAAAAUAGAAGAUUUGGAAAAAGCUCAUCUUGUGGAAGUUCAAGGUCUGCAAGUACGGAUUAGAGAUUUGGAAGCUGAGGUGUUCCGACUACUGAAGCAAAAUGGGACUCAAGUUAACAACAACAACAACAUCUUCGAGAGAAGAACAUCUCUUGGUGACGUCUCUAAAGGAGAUACCAUGGAGAAUUUGGAUGUCAAGCAGACAUCUUGUCAAGAUGGCCUAAGUCAAGACUUGAAUGAGGCAGUCCCAGAGACAGAGCGCCUGGAUUCAAAAGCACUGAAAACCCGAGCCCAGCUCUCUGUGAAGAACAGACGCCAGAGGCCCUCUAGGACAAGACUCUAUGAUAGUGUCAGUUCAACAGAUGGGGAAGACAGUCUGGAGCGGAAGAAUUUUACCUUCAACGAUGACUUCAGUCCCAGCAGUACCAGUUCGGCAGACCUCAGUGGCCUGGGAGCGGAACCCAAAACACCUGGGCUCUCUCAGUCCUUAGCGCUGUCAUCAGAUGAGAGCCUGGAUAUGAUAGAUGACGAGAUCCUUGAUGAUGGACAGUCUCCCAAACACAGUCAGUGUCAGAGUCGGGCGGUCCAUGAAUGGAGCGUGCAGCAGGUUUCCCACUGGCUAAUGAGCCUAAACCUGGAGCAGUAUGUAUCUGAAUUCAGUGCCCAAAACGUCACUGGAGAGCAACUCCUGCAGUUGGAUGGAAAUAAACUUAAGGCUCUGGGAAUGACGUCAUCCCAGGACCGAGCCGUGAUCAAAAAAAAACUCAAGGAAAUGAAGGUAUCUCUCGAGAAGGCUCGGAAGGCUCAAGAGAAGAUGGAAAAACAAAGAGAAAAGCUGAGGAGGAAGGAGCAAGAGCAGAUGCAGAGGAAGUCUAAAAAGACAGAAAAGAUGACCGCUGUGUCAGGGGGUGCUGGCGAGCAGUAACGCACACCCCCUCCCAGACAGCUCUCCCUCUUCCUGCCCUGCUCUCCUCCCGGGGACGAAGGAACUGAUGGCAGGGGUAAUGUGCUCUAAGCCGAGUGGGGAACCGCGUGUGGCAUACCUGCAUUUUCUGCAAUAAUAGAAUACACUUUUAAUUUUCGCCUCCUGAAAUAAUCCCAAGCCACCUUUGUUUAUUACCAAACCAAGGGUCUCGUUUGUGAAAGAUGCAAAAUAGCUGUGUUUCUCUCUUCUCUUACUUACCACCCUCUUGUGUUGCAUUGGGUGGGUGGUGUCCCUGGGGGAAUCGGUGUCACCCUGCCGAGGAAAAGCGUGGUGUGUCUCGGAGCACCAUGACUUUUCAGCCUGGGAAUCCUGAAACUGAGCAGUGGCUUGUAUCUGCAUGGCCAAGAGCCCCACUCUACUGUGAGAUCAGGGCUGCGGAAUCUGCUCCAGUAUGUGGACACUGUUUGUGUCUGGACAGUGAGACAACCCCACUGUAGAAACACGGGUGCCAGGCCGUAUAAUUAUAUCCGGUGGCAAAAAGCAAGCAAGCUCUUCUGUUUCUGGCAUCCGAAAGAGAGAAAAGAAUUCAUGAUUUGCUAACCCCAGAAGGAAGCAGAAGCCUUCAGAAUGUGGAUGUGGGUAUUACCUCGUGGUUCUGAGGGUAACAUUUGUCCUCCAGAUUGAGCCGAACAAAGGAAAAAAUCAGAGGUUAACACAGCCCCAGGAUGUUGGGAUCCAUUGUUUACUUUGCUCCCGCUGUGUGUUCAGUAGUUCAGCAACACAGACGCACAUAAUGUAGUUCCUUUAUUCCCCAACAAAUUGAACAGGAAAUUGAUUUUUAAGGAAACCAACAUUUUCAGGUUUCCUCUCAUGGGGAACAUUCUGGCUAGUCUUCAGCCUGACUGUGACACAAUCAGGAACUUGUCACAUAUUUUCUACUUAAGAUUUCCCAAGUGGGCUCAGUUAGUGUUUUAACAAAUGUACUUUUAAGAAAAAUAGAAAUACCAGUUAGAGAAAAUUUAGAUGUGAGUAACACUCAACCAGAGAAGCAAUUUUAUUGAGCACUCAGAAUGUUCCCGUAAAGGAGAGCUGACAGAUUUUAUAGAUGUUUUGAAUGGUUUUUCUGAGCCGUUCUCUUUCAUUCUUUAGCGAUUUCCAUGUUACAGGUAAAGUUUGUUUAAGAGAGUUCACAGGAGACAGUCUACCAGCGGAGACAGUUAUGCUGAUUUUAAAGCCAGUAUAUGAAGGAUUUCGGCAUUUCAUCCAACUAAUUCAAGCAGAAGAGACUAGGGCAGAAGGAGGAGAAAAUAAACUCAUCUUGAGACACUUCCAAUGAUCGGUUAUUGUUUGUUGUUGUUGUUUUGCUUU